AUGGACCCUUUAUCUCUAUCUGUUAGCCUUGCUGGCAUUCUGCCUCUAAUUGCCACUGUGAUCACCACUUCGAAAAGGUACAUAGACACUGUAAGGUCAGCGAGGAAGUCAAUCGCAACCUUGGUAGUCGAGCUCGAAGCGCUGCAAUCCAAUGUGACGAAUCUGCAAGACCUCUUGAAAGGCGAUGAAUUAAAAGGUAGUGCUGUGCGAUUUCACAAGACUUCUGUUCUCCUUGCCUGCUCCGCCGCGUGCGAGGCAAAGUUGCGAUCACUCUGCAAGACGCUGGGCCAAGAAUCAAACGGGAAAGGGAUUCGUUUACUUUGGCCUUUUACCGAAAAAGAGCACCAGAAAACGAUCCAGGAAGUACGCAAUUUUACCAACUGGAUGCAAUUUGCCUUGUCGGUCAACGGCUGCCGGCUUUUAUCGCGGACGUCUGAUGACGUUUUGAAGUUGAUAAGACAGCAGCUAGAACAGUUCAGGGCCAUCCAGACACUUGAAGCAGACACGCUUCGAAUCCUCGACUUUGUUCAAGACCAGAAGCGCGCAAUCCAGGUGAAUACCGAGCGGGAGAGUAGAAGGAGCAUUCUGGACUGGGUAUCGACUCUAAAGCACGACCAGAAACACCAGCUCAUCCAAGCGUCGAGGGCACCAAAUACUGGGACUUGGAUCCUCCAUGAAAACGAAUUUAUUCGGUGGCGAGGCGAUAGCUCCCCGUCGAAUGUUCUGGUGUGUCAUGGUAUCCCAGGUUCUGGCAAAACAAACCUUGCCUCCAUCAUUAUCGAUGAGCUUCUUAACUCAAGCUCCACCGAAGCUUCACCUGUCGCGUUCUUCUACUUUGACCAUCAGGACCACUCUACUCAGGGCACGUCGGAAGUCUUAUGUUGUAUGCUUAGACAACUCCUCGAGAAGCUACCGGCAAUUCCGAGUCCCGUGGCCGAGCUAUUUCAGAAGAGCGGUCACAAGGGUCAAAUGCCCCUCCACGAAUGCGAACGACUACUCACCGAUAUUGCUUCCGGUCUGAGGUGUACAUAUCUAGUGCUUGAUGGUCUCGAUGAAUCAGAAGAUCGGAAAUCCCUCCUCCAGAGCAUUAAGAAUAUCAUUCAGAGUCACCAAGUCCGUUUGCUCGUCACGAGCCGGCCCCAUAUCCCAGAUCUCGUAGACCUGUUCCAGCAACAUCCAAAUAUCAGGAUCGAGGCCCACGAGGAAGAUCUUAAGACGUACCUCUACCGAGAGCUGGACCAAGGAGGGAUAUAUGACAUCGCGGAUCAAGACUUUGCAAACAGACUGGUCCAGAACCUGACGCAAGGGGCAGAGGGGAUGUUCCUUCUCCCAGUUCUACGGCUGCGGACUAUCCUCAAGGAACCUACUCUCGGCGAAAUGGAGGAUAGAAUAACAGACCUGUCCCACAGUCUCAGCGGCGCUUUUGCGGAUACCAUUUCCCGCAUCCAACGGCUCCCCGAGAGCCGCAGCCGGCUCGGCAUGGGUGCGCUCAUGUGGCUUACCUACACACCUCGGGCAUUGAGAGCAGCUGAACUUAGUGACGCCUUGGCUACCCAAAGGGCGCAGAAUGUGGUUAACAGCAAAUAUCGCCCAACUACAAAGACCAUCCUUGAAUGCUGCCAAGGACUUGCAAUCGUAGACGCGGAAGGCUAUAUACGUCUUGCACAUUACACAAUCCAGGAGUACGUUGGAGAACAUUGGAAGGAUUUCUUUCCACAAGCAGAAGCCCAAAUUGCGGUGACUUGCCUUCGCUAUCUUGUCUUUGAGAAUUUUCAGAACGGGCCAUGGUUGACCGAAGGGGAUAUCAAGUCUAACAUGGAAACUUACCCCUUUCUCGCCUGGGCCGCCAUGUACUGGGGACAAUUCGCCCAACGGACCGAAACCGAUGCGGAGGUAUGGCGCACGCUCUUCGCUUUCUUCUCCUCCCCGGCCGCCAUGGCCACGGCGAACCAGAUCCGGCAGUACUUGAUGGGCCGCAACAGCAACUAUUGGAAUGCGGAUGAGUGCAGCAGCUUCUCAGCACUCCACCAUGCUUCGCGCCACGGUCUCGAGCGGGCGAUUAUUCAGCUUCUCGACAGUGGCGCCUACGACGUCAACGAGCUGACGAGCAUGGGCUCUACACCUGUGAUCCACGCUGCCGCGGGUGGACACGUGCUCACAACCCGAAGCCUACUGGCCCGCGGCGCUGAUCCAUAUCUACGUAAUUGGUACGGCGAUGCGCUGCACUGCGCCGUCGAGUCAGACAAAGCGGCCACCGUCCGCGAGUUGGUCUGCUGGGGAAUGGACCCAAACGGCCGCAGCUAUCUCGCCUGCGCGCUGGAUGGUGACUCAGCCAGCGCCUUCGCAGCCCUCGUUGAGCUUGGUGCUGACAUUGCGUCCCAAAGCGCGUUUAAGAGUCACGGGCAUCUCUUUUUUACAGCGGCACUUUGGGGGUGUGACGAGAUUAUCGCACUGAUGCUGAAGCAGGGCUGGGUCAAUAUUGGGUUAAGAAAUGGCAAGGGGCUCACAGCAUUGCACUGCGCAGCUGCGGCUGCGAAUCUGACGUCAGUGAGAAUACUUCUUGAUGCUGGGGCGGAUAUCGGCGCAAUGGAUGACGGAGGGCGUACACCUCUGGAAUUCGCGGAGGGCAACGAGACUAUAACGCGACUGUUGCUAGACUCAGGGGCCACGUCUUCGCAUCUAAGCCGAUCUCGGCAGCCCUCGGCAUCCUCAGACAUAGGUGAUAUUGGGUUAUAA